CUACUAGCCAUUUGCUGCGUAGUGGGUGAGCGUGAACGUGAGUGUGAGCCGGGCUACCAUAGACUUGAAAACAGUUUGGAGAGAGCAAAGCGCGCCAGAGUGUGGGAGCGAGUGCGAGGAGACCUAGAGGAGACAGGGCGAGAAAACAGGGCCCAAAAACCUACGAUUUGAGACUGAAUGACCAUGGCUGUCUCCGUACCUCCGGUGAUCUCUGCAACUUCCAGCGGUGCCGGCGUCCCGGGGGGCUUAUUUCGGGCAGAAACCUUGUACUCGACUCCUGGGGAGCCUCCUCGUCUCACCCCUAAUAUGAUCAACAGUUUCAUGGCUAAUAACCACAGCAGCAGCGCCAGGGGUGGCGGAGUUGGUGGAGCCACCGGAGGCAGUGGCAACACCAACACCGAGUGCAGGAUGGUGGACAUGCAUGGGGUGAAGGUGGCCUCGUUCCUGAUGGAUGGUCAGGAACUGAUUUGCCUGCCGCAAGUCUUUGAUCUCUUCCUUAAGCACCUGGUGGGAGGGUUGCACACGGUGUACACCAAGCUGAAGAGACUGGACAUAUCCCCCGUGGUAUGUACUGUGGAGCAGGUCCGGAUACUCCGCGGUCUGGGGGCCAUCCAGCCGGGGGUGAACCGCUGCAAACUCAUCACCAGAAAAGACUUCGAAACUUUGUUCACCGAUUGCACCAAUGCCAGAAGGAAGAGGCAAAUGACAAGAAAACAAGCUGUUAACAGUUCCAGGCCCGGCAGGCCUCCUAAGCGUUCUUUGGGAGUGUUUCAGGACAAUGCUCGCCUUCUGCCCCAUUCAGUCCCAGGCCUUUUAUCACCAGGACUUAUCACUCCGACAGGUAAUAAAACCCAUCUGAUGAUCAGCCUUGUCUGUUCAUGCUGCCCAGAAUUAGAAAUAAACUAA